AUGACCAUCACCGCGCACUUGUACCAUCCCGACUUUCUCCCCGCCUGCCGAACCGGCAAUCUCGAAACCGUCACCAGGAUCCUCAAUCACGAGACUCCACAAGUAUCAACAGCCCAGCUACAAGACGGUCUCACAGAAGCUGUGCAGGGAGAGCAUCUCGCCGUAGCAGACCUCUUGCUCUCUGGGGGAGCCAGGGUCAAUCGGAGGACUUUUCAAGGAGCUAUCAUCCGCGGCGACCCAGCUACAUUCGAAGUUUUUAUCAACAAUGGGUGGGAUGUUAAUACGACCGAGUUUGAGGAGGGGACGGCGCUUAGAAUGUCCAUCAAGAAUCCACCUCUCAUGAACCUCCUUCUCACCCACGGCGACGCAGACCCCAACCUCCUCUCCAUCCCCAUGAGAGGCCGAACUCGCCGCGCUCCCUCGGCACUCACCACCGCCAUCGUCGCCGAAGGCCAAGCAGGCGCCGACGCCAUUCGCACCCUUUUGGCUCACGGCGCGGACCUAGAGCCCAACAUGCUCCAUAGCGCCAUCGAGGCUAGUUGCAGGUGGAGGAAUGUUCCUAACAAAGACCAGGCCUGCGCGGAGCGGGUUCGAUUGCUCAUUGAUGCAGCUGCUGCACAAAAAAUAAAAGGGGGAGACAAGGAAAAGAAGAAGGGGGGCGUUCAGUGGUACUUGAAUUAUCUUGACCCUAAGAAAAAAGGCACGCCGCUGCAUUGUGCGAUUUGGUGGCGGAGGUUGGAGACGGUGCAGGUGUUGGUUGAGGCAGGGGCGGAUGUGGUGGGGUCGGCGUUGUAUAGAGGCAUGACGGUGAUACAGGCGGCGAGGAGGAGGGUGGAGAUGAUGGAGGGUCAAGGUCAUGAGGAGGCCAAGAGGAUCUGGGAGUGGUUGACGGGGAGGAGGUGGGAGGAUUGCGAUGGUAGGGAGGAGGAGGAGGAGGAGAUCGAGGAUGUACCGGAGGAUGUCGGGGAGGGGAAGAGUACGCUGAUGGUGGAGGAGGACGGGGUGGAAGUGGCUGAGAAUUGUGCAUGUGGUGAAAAUACCUCUACGGGGAUGGGGAGAGAUAGACCGUACCUAGGGUUUGGAGCGUUGGAUAUCAAGCUGACAUUGUCCGGUUAUGAUACCUAGAAUAAGGUAGUCUAGAAGCCCGCGCGGGUUUUUUUUUCGCAACGGGCGCGGGAAGGUUGUACUUGACGUGGUGGGUGACAUAGAGCGAAUUGAUAGCAUGGGUUGGGGAUAUUAAGAGGAGGAGUGAUGUCGCUGAAGUAAGACGGUGGCGCGGUUGAGUUUGAUCAAGUGGAAAGACAAUGUGGAAGAAAAGAAAAGGGAAGAACAAAGGGCAAGAGAGAAAAGGAAGGGGAAGAAAG